AAAAAAAAUAUCAAAAUGUUUUUAUCUUCCCUCUUUCAAGAAAUUCUUUUACAGAUCAAGUUUUUGGCUUCCAAAGCUGUGCUAAAUUAUGUAGGGUGUCAAAUAGCAAAAGUAGUGAUAAUAAAUUUAAAAAAUAUCAACGUGAUUAACUAAUAUCAAGAAUAUGGAUUUCAGCACAACAGUAAAUGCUGAUUAUCAAUGGCCAUUUCCGAAGCCUAUAGUUGGAAAACCCUGUGAGCCACCGAAACCUGACGCAGCGCCUACAACCAGACCAGCACCUGUAGCUCCAUACUGCCACUGCGAUGCACAUUCAUACUCGCCACGCGUUGAACAAUAUAAACAACUACUCGACAAAGAACAGAAGCUAUGUCAAGAUUACGAGCUGUUAAGGAAACAGAUGGUAGAUGUCACAAAUGACAUAUUGGAUCACCCAUGUGACGAUCUUGAUACUAAAAUGACCACCAUGUAUCAGGCUACCUAUAAGAAAAGAUCCUUCCCAGUAUCGGACUAUCAAAAGAUCAUAGCCGCAUCACAAUCUAGCGCACCCAUACCCAUGGAGAGCAAUCGUCUCGGAGUAUUACGUUGUUAUAAGGAUCCCACUCACUUUACUGACAAUCCCCCGACUGUACGACCAACUAUACAUCCCCCGGGGCCCGUCCAUACCGGUGUUGCUCCCAUUUCCGUACAAAGUUGGUUCACGGACUUUCCAGGAAGGUCUGAAUACAUGGACACGUACAGUGCCUCAGCAAAAGCCUGUUGGAGGUCCAUGCAGAGGUUUAAGGAGCCACUACCCUCGACAAGACGUAGGGCGGACGAUACAUGCGUUUGAGUCUUCUUUUUGGUUUUGUGAUUUUCUGUAUUGUGUAAGCAAUAAAUAU